GACUGCUAUCUCUCAGAGCAAGCCAUGGCUAGACCGGACGGGAUGGCAGCAGAUCUUCGAGGGCGCCAACUGUGCAGUGCUGAAGGCCCUCACAGCUAUACCCUGCAAUCCACCCAUAAGACUCCUUCACCUUGGAAGAGGACUAUAUCCUACAACCACUCCCUACAUUAGUAUUCGAGCAGACGAGAUAAAGAUAUCCGGGCUCGUUACUAUGGUCGACUGGGUACUUUUUCGCUGUGAGCAGACAGCCCGCGAAACUUCUCGUGCAGUCCUCUGCUGGUUCCGAAGCCUCCACCCAGACAAGAUCUAUCCCAAGCCAUUUACGCUAGUAUCGGCAAGAUCGAGCCGACAGAAGUAUCUCAAGACCUUCCAGCGUUUCAUCGCCUUCAUCUUCCGUACCUACCGCCUACCAAGCUUCCAACGACAAGACCUUCUCCCCGUCCGAUUUAAUUCGGAGCAGCAGCAGCUACUUGGUACUAUCUGGUCCCACGAAGCUUGGAACGAGGAACAGCUCCUUCGGUGGAUCCUAGCUGGAAAGCCCGCUCGUCAGCUGCGGCCGACAGCUAAGGAAGAACGGCCUACUCCAACACCCAGUAAUAGGGAACAGAAACAGUCCGUCUCAAAACCCUUAGCCAAACGUCUGUCGAGAAAACGCUCGUUUAACUCCUAUCGGCAAGACACUAAGUCGGACUCCCAACGAGAUACCACUAAGAUACGUCGGGACGACGAAGACGACGAGAACGACGAAGACGGCGAGAACGACGAGGACGACGAGGAUGACGAGGACUACGAGAACUACUAGGACGACGAGGAGCUCAGCGACGGACAAAGCGAGACAACAGACAAGGUCCAAGACG